AUGCGCUUCCGCUCGCGCCACCUUGUCGGGCUGCUGAUCGGUGCGGGCGUCAUCCUCACCAUCUUCCUCACCUCGCCGUUCUACGCAGAAUGGCACGGCUUCAAGGCGAUUAGCGCGAGCCGGAGGCUCCUCGCUAACAGAGCACCAGCGGCCAAACACCCUGUUAUCAUCGUCCAGCAUAUCCCAAAAGGCUCGCUUGCAGUCGCCUCGCGCGCCAGCCACGCCCUUUACGCCAAGGCGUGGGGAUACCGCUACUCUGGGGAUUCGCACAGCUACGUAGAGGACGGCCCGCGGGGAUGUCUGAACAAGGAGCACGUGCUGCGGCGUGUUCUUGCCCGCGAAUUAAGCGCCAAACAGCCGGCGGAAUGGAUUGUUUACUCGGAUGCAGAUUCCAUCGUCUCGGAUCCCGCUGUACCAUUACACGUCCUCCUCCCACCACCAUCCCUCAACGCGCAUUUCGCCUUCGGGGUGGACCCCAACGGCAUCAACGCGGGUGUGUUUGCCAUCCGCGUGUCUCCCCUAGCCCUGGAGUUUGUCGAGACUGUACUCGAUUGGUCGGACACCAACACAAGUCCAUUGAUCUCGGACCAACACUGGAUCGGUCUCACCUUGCGGCGCAACGAGACAUUUGCCAACGCGUUCAUCGAGAUGCACCGUUCCUGGAUGAACGCGUACGUCAUUGACGAUGUGGGCGCCGGCACUUCCUCUCCAUACGGAGAUAAAAAGGAGUCAUGGGCGCCGCAGUGGCAGGUGCAUCUCGUCAACCACUUCAAGCGCAAGUACUCGUGGCGGCCCUUUGUCGAGCGCGCUCUGGCCGUGUACGAACGCGGUGUGGCUGCGGCUGGAGGCAAGGUGGGCAAUGAGGGGGGAAAGGUGUCGCAGGCCGGAGAAGGGAGGAGCCAGAGAGAAAGUCGCCCUGUGGGACUCGAUAUGCUGCCACAGGCGGGUUGGGCACAGGAGACUGCAGACCGCUGGUGGGCUGGUCGACAGACAGGGAUCGUCGGGAUACAUUUCCUCGAUGAGGAGCUCAUGAAGGUUGUGGAUAGGCAUGGGCAGUCACUGCACUCGCUCCACACACCCAACCACUUCGCUUACCCCCAAUCGAACCGAACAGACAUCGCACACGACUAG